CAGCUAUCUUCUAGGGCUCAAUUCAAAAAACCCCAAAAAUUUUUUAAAAAAAAAAAUUAGGGUUUUACGAUUGAAUGGCGAACCGUACGGAUCCAUCAGCGAAAAACAUACAUGGAACGAAUCCACAAAACUUAGUUGAGAAGAUAUUGAGAUCAAAAAUCUAUCAAAACACAUUCUGGAAAGAACAGUGUUUCGGUUUAACAGCCGAAACGCUUGUCGAUAAGGCCAUGGAGCUCGAUCACGUCGGCGGCACGCACGGCGGCAACCGGAAACCUACUCCGUUCAUUUGCCUUGUUAUGAAGAUGCUCCAGAUCCAACCUGAUAAAGAAAUUGUUGUUGAAUUCAUCAAAAACGAAGACUAUAAGUAUGUACGAGUGCUUGGAGCGUUUUAUUUGCGACUUACAGGGACGGAUAUUGAUGUGUAUCGGUAUUUAGAGCCUUUGUACAAUGAUUACCGGAAGAUAAGGCGGAAAAAUGGUGAUGGACAAUUUACAUUGACACAUGUGGAUGAGGUUAUUGAUGAACUCUUGACGAAAGAUUACUCGUGUGACAUUGCUCUGCCACGUAUAAAGAAAAGGCUUACCAUUGAAGCAAUUGGUACUUUGGAACCUAGGAAAAGCGCACUUGAAGAUGAUUUUGAGGAGGAAGAGGAAAAAGAUGAGGAUGAGCAACUGAUGGAAACUGAUGGUGGUCACGAAAAGGAUUACUAUCGUGAGCAAAGCCCAGCAAGGGAAAGAGGCCGAGAUAGGAAACGUGAUAGCCAUAGACAUAGGGACCGAGAUAUUGAUAGGGAGUAUGAGAGAGAUUAUGACAGGGACCGUGGAAGAGGGCGUGAUAGGGAUAGAGAAAGGGACAGGGAUCGUUAUCGCGAUAGAGAUUAUGGGAGGGACAGAGAACGUGAUAGGCGUGACAGGGAUCGUGGUGGCAGGAGGAGGAGCUACUCAAGGAGCAGAAGCAGGAGUAGAGAAAGGGACAGGAAGGAUAGAGAUUAUGAUGAAGAGAGACGCAGGAGACGUGCACGGGAUAGCAGUGCUAGUCCUAGAAGAGGGGCAGAGGAUGAAAAACCGCCAAAGAAGAAGAAGGAAAAGGAAAAGAAGGACGACGGAUUUGACCAUCCCGAUCCAGAAAUUGCUGCAGCCAACAGGUUACGUGCAUCAAUUGGUCUUGGACCUCUGAGGACAUGAGCAGAUAUGUACAUUUGAGCUAUGCAUGCAUCUUUAUUUGAAUUUCCCAUCUAGCAUUCCUUCUGUGAUUACUCAUUUAUGUUGAAGUAAAAACAUUUCAUAAAUGUAACACUGACUUAGAAGAUAUGGUGAAAUGGCUGAUUGGUCACCCAGAGUUGUACUAGUUGAAUGGUCAGGCUUCUUUUAAUUGUAAUUCAGCAAAAGGUAGAUGCAAUCUUUGAUCAAAUAUUUGUUUCUUAUUUCUUACAUUAGUGGGUUUUCAAUAUCUAAA